UCAUCUGAGGAAGCAGAGAGAAGAGACCACCACCAACAUCAACCUGCAAAAUCUCCCAUUUUCUCUCUCUCAAAAAAAAAAAAAAAAAAAAAACCCAGUUCCCCAAUUCAAAAAUUAAAGAUCUUAUUCCCAUUCAAAUGCAAUUCCCUCUCCUCCAUCAGGGAUUCUCUGGCCCACCGCUUGGAAAAAGAUGGCCACCAAAGACACCCUCUUCAUAUCAGGCCUGAUCUUAUCCUGGUACAUGUCCAACAUUGGAGUCCUUCUCCUCAACAAAUUCCUCCUCUCUAACUAUGGAUUCGCCUUCCCAAUCUUCCUCACAAUGUGCCACAUGUCUGCCUGCGCCCUCUUCAGCUACAUUUCCAUUAUCGUCAUCAAGAUCGUCCCUCUCCAGACCGUCCGAUCCAGGUCCCAGCUCCUCAAGAUUGCUGGCCUCAGCAUUGUCUUCUGCAGCUCUGUUGUCGGCGGGAAUAUAUCGCUGAAGUACCUGCCGGUGUCGUUUAACCAGGCGAUCGGGGCCACAACGCCAUUCUUCACUGCGAUGUUCGCGUACCUCAUGACGCUCAAGCGGGAGGCUUGGGUAACGUACGGUGCGCUUGUGCCAGUUGUCGCCGGGGUGGUGAUCGCCAGCGGGGGAGAGCCGAGUUUUCACAUGUUUGGUUUUAUUAUGUGCAUCGGUGCCACUGCAGCGCGGGCCUUCAAAUCUGUUCUUCAGGGUAUCCUACUUUCUUCUGAAGGGGAGAAGUUGAACUCUAUGAAUUUGCUUUUGUAUAUGUCACCGAUUGCGGUUCUACUUUUGUUGCCUGUGACACUCGCAAUGGAGCCCACCGUAUUAGAUGCCAUUCGUUCACUGGGAAGAACGGAUAACCUCAUAUGGAUACUUCUAUUAGUGAAUUCCUCAAUGGCAUAUUCAGUGAACUUAUCAAACUUCCUGGUGACUAAGCAUACAAGCGCAUUAACACUCCAGGUGCUCGGCAAUGCCAAAGGAGCUGUGGCUGUUGUACUUUCCAUACUUAUCUUCCAUAAUCCUGUUUCAUUCAUUGGGAUGGCGGGUUAUUCGUUGACUGUCAUUGGUGUUGUCAUCUAUGGUGAAACAAAGAGGCGAUUCAAGUAAACAAAAAUAUAUUCCAUGCUUCACGAUGCAUUCCAACCCCACUUCAUUUGGGGGAUGGAGGUGAUAUUUGAGAGUUGCAGCUCCUGGUGGAAAGAGGGAAUUAACCCUGAAGAUUUUGCUGACUAUCUGGAGCGAGGAACUGAUGAUUCUUUAAUUUUCAUGUAUCAAUUCGGAUAGGGCCUUUCUAAAUUUCUAGUGUUGUUGUUGUUGUUGCUGCUGCUGCCAUUGUCGUCGUUGUUGUUGAUGAUAUUUUUAUAAAUGUAGUUAUAUUCUUAAAUUAAAUGAGAAAUAUCUAGUUGGCUCA